GUCACCAUAACCACGUUCUCCAGAAAUUAGCCCAAAUUAUUAAUCGCUUUGAAAUGUUUCACAAAAUUUGUGUUUCCGUCACCUCGUUAUUUAUAAAUUUCGCUGUGACCUCAUUUUCCACAAAUUUGACACCCCGUGAAAACGGCUUCCUCCCGCCAUACGUGAAUAGAUACUGUACUAGUUACUUUUCCUCCGACUUUGUCCAUUACGGCUGCUGUGACAAAAAGUUUCCGGAAUCACAUUGCUUUUUGAACGAUUGGGGGACGCGAGAUGCAGUUUGCGAGACACAAAAUUUGCAGGCUAAUCGGUUCAAUUUUACUUGUUCGAACUCCAUCCUCGAUCAUAACUGCACUGUUCCGAAGGGGACGUUUUUCUGCUGUUCAAAGGAUGCUCCGCUUAGACCGGAUAAUCGACCCAUCCGCCCAGUACCUGACUCCAGGGUAUGUGGAACAAUGACCACGGACAGGUUCCAGCAGUUCGGACCGGGGAAUUUGACCGUGCUAGACGUCGCUGAACACCACGAAUGGGGCGAGUCACACUUUAUAGGGAUUUCUGCUGUCUUAAAAGCUGGCACGAAUUAUGUCAACGUCACCAGUGCCAACUGCAUCGUGUCAAUCUGUUACACAGACUCAGAAUGGGAUGCAAACUGCCUCCACUUUCACUAUGGAAGUAGUAUGUACAAUGGGAUAUUUUCAGACAAUGAAUUCGGCCGUGUGACAACAUCAAUAAGCUGCGGAUGUUUGGCAAACCCAUCCGCCAGUGAGGAAUGCACUUUUGGAGACGCUGAUUCCGACAACGGGACUGACUUGAUAACAUCCUCCUGUUCAAAUCGCCCCAUGGAUGCCGACACGUGCGCCCUGCUCUAUCAAGAGUGGGGUUGUGAAUCAUGCUUCUAUCAAGAGAUUCGACUAACGACAAGUAAUUUUACGUUCAAACCCACGAAUUAUGCGGUAAUACGUUCGCUCAGAGUGAAUAGUGGCUGCAGCAUUAGGGCAUCUUCCAUCAUGGGUUUCCAAGAUUUCAAUGCAACUUCGAGCAUAAUUCCGGAGUUCUUCAAGACAAUCCAUCCCACAAAUGGUCCGCACGCAGCCCAGUUUAAUUCUUUCGAUUGCACCUGUGGACCUAAAACUGUGACAGAUGAGGUUGGUAUGUCAGCCGGGACUAUUGCUGGUAUUGCGGUUCUAUCUGUGAUAGCUGUGUCAAUCGUGGCAUUUGUUUUACUGAGAAGGAGAAACCAAAAAGUUAAAUUUACCAAGAAAGAGACAGACGCACUUAAGGUGGAGCUAUUUGGGGACGGUGUCGAACCAGAUGUCGAAGGAUCACAGGACACAAACACAGAUUUGACAAAUACCAAAGUUGAAGUGGAUUAUUCCCUCAAGAAACAAAAUAUUGCUGUAUACAAAAACCAAUUUUUGGGGAAGGGAAACUACAGCGUGGUUUACAAAGGCGUUUUAACCUCUGGAAGUGACAGUGCCGUUGUUGAUUGCGCAAUUAAAACCGUAGACGAAAAAACGGCGAGAAUCGACGAUUUGAAGCUUCUCAUGAACGAGAUAAGGAUUAUGUCCGUGAUUGGAAGACAUGCCAAUAUUGUCUCUUUUCUCGGAUAUUACUGCAACUUCCACCCAUCUAAAUGGGAAUUUCUGUGCCUGACGGAAUUAUGUCUCGGAAACCUGCAUGAGCGCUUACGUCUAGCUAAAAAUUCCAUUGUACACAAAUCAUCUUCCUCGGUAGCAGCACAAUUGCAGAAGGCAGGAUACGUUUAUUACGAGGAUAGUACCGAUCUUGAAAAAUCUAACGAUAACGUCCCUGAUAACGGUGAUACCAACAAAACUGUCACCACACAAGACAUGCGGCGGUGGUGUGGCGAGAUUGCGGAUGGGAUGGAUUAUCUAAUUUCUAAAAAUCUUCUUCACAUUGACCUGGCAACAAGGAACAUUUUACUAUCUACAGAACAAACGGCAAAAAUUAGCGAUUUCGGAUUAUCCAAGAAGCUGUACGAAUCCCUGUACUAUAAAAAAGUGCAAGGCGGAAACAUGUGGCUUCCAAUGAAAUGGAGUGCCUUCGAGUCCUUGAUGAGCUUAAAGUUCUCCUCCCAAUCAGAAAUUUGGUCAUAUGCGGUUACCGUUUGGGAAAUAUUCAGCUUUGGCGACGAGCCGUACCCAGAAGUUUGCGACAUGGUUGACUUAAUCCGACUCUUGAAUAGCGGAGAUCGACUGGACUGUCCAAAGCGGUGUGAUCAAGAAACAUACGAGCUAAUGAAGCGAUGUUGGGAAAUUGACGAAAAUCAGCGGCCCAGUUUUGUCGAGAUGAGUAUAUUCUUCAAGUCUGCAAACGAAUAGAAUUUAUUAAAUCAUGAAAAGUCUUUUUAAAUUUAAAAUUAAGCGUAGCAACAUCUCUUGUGGUUGUAGAAUAUUGCUGACAACUUUGUUAUCUGUAGUCAAUUGUCUAAUUAAAUUUUAAUUUUACUUAGAAUAUUUAUAAGAUUUAAAAAUUUGUCGUUUUUAUCCAGUAUUUCUUUUUGGAUGUACAAAACGGUUUGGGGGUGGUUAAGAUCGCUUUUGUCCGAACAUAAUGAUGAUUGUGUGGUCAAAAGUGGCAUUUUGACCGCUUAUAACCGGUGGAUAAUUUGGUUUUAACCAGUCAAAACACUAUUUUUAUCCAGUACUGUGUAAUACUCCAUGUGUAUAAAUAUCUGCAUACAUAAGAGAGCAUGAAUGAGUCGUCGUUUUUUGCGACGACUUAUGAAAGUGUAAAAAUAAACCCAACUUUGUCUAAGAAGACAGUUUGUGUUAUGUACAAAGAUUGCAUAUCUGAAUACGGACGAGUUUAAAAUCUACAUUCGUCUAUGAAUAUAUUUAGAAUCAUCUGUGACUUUUGUCCUAAGUCGAUUUCAAAAUAUUGGGUAACAACAGACGUAAGUAAAUAAAUUGUAACGUAUGAAUCAGUAAAAUUAUUACCAUAAAAACAAAACCAGUAAGACAAUUUUACAUAAAAUAUUUAACUGUGGAUUUGAUAUUGGUAUAAAUUACAAGUAAUUCUAAACAUAUUUUGACACAGAGUAUAGAAAGAGUGAAAAUGGAGGAAAUUCACAAUUUGCGAUAUGCAGUGACACGUCUCCUGGAAGAAGUGGAGGCGUUGCAAAUGAAGGCAGCAAAUGUGCAAAAACUCUGCACUUUCUCCCUGCGUGGGAAACGUCUCAUUUUGUAUACUAUUGCCAUUCUGUAUUUUCUGGUCUUCUUGCUCGCGGGGAUAGCUUGGAAAUGGUAUAACAAUGGUUGUAAGUGUGCUGAAUGAUAAAAUUGGCCCAUUAGUAUUUAGAGAAAUUCUAUGUUAAACAGCACAUCUGUUACCUCUUAGGUUUUUUCUGAUAAAUGUAAGCUUAAAAUUUUUUUCAUUCAUUAGUUCUGGACAAAAUUGUCAAAAUUAUGCAAUUGGGGGAAAUAAAGCUGAAAUAAAUUA